AUGGAGGAAAAUGCAGCAGUCGAACAACACCAAUUAAAUAAUAGUGGUUGGAAUCGUCGCAAGUGUGCCGUCAUCGCGGCCAUCAUUGUGGGGUUAGCUGCCAUUGGAGCUGGAGUCGGCGUCGCAGUGACUUCUGGAAAUGAGGAAUCCAUUGACAAUAGCGUUCCUACUCCUUCCGUUCUAGGCGAUCGUCGUAUUACCACACCAGGUCCCACGCCAUUCAAUGGUUCUUCCGCAAGUCUUGAAGAAAACGUCUUUGAUUUCUUGACAAAUUUUGUGGACGAGCAGACUCUCUUGGAUGAGAGGUCUUACACUUUCUCUGCCUACAAUUGGCUAAUGAAGAAUAGCACUGGUGAUCACAUUUACUUUAAAGACCGCAUCCGACAGCGCUUUUCACUUGCGUGUAUCUACUAUGCUACAAAGAAUACAAAUGAUGAUGAAGGAGUGAUUCACGAUGACGGAUUGGUCAGCGUCCAAGCACAUGACGAAGGACCGAAUAGAUGGAUUCGCGACGAUAAAUGGCUCAGCGACGAAGAUCAUGAAUGCAGCUGGAUGGGUGUCCGUUGCAUAAAUGGAAACAUUGUUGCAUUGAACUUGACCUCCAAUGGACUCAAGGGAGUAUUCCCCAUGGAAGUCAUGAUGCUCAAGACGUACCUUCUAGCUUUGCAACUUGGUGACAAUGACCGACUUUUCAACAAAGACCAAGAACUUCGAUGGCUCGGUCAAUUGUCCCUGUUGCGACUUCUUGACGUUAGAGAUACCGGUUUCACUAAUGGCGGAAUUCCUUCCUACAUUGGCCGCCUCACUGAUCUCCGCAUUUUGGAGAUGGCCAACUCGAAAAUUCCCGUUCGUGGUGAUGAUGUUGACGGAACCAUUUUCAAAAACUUGACUCAAUUGGUCUACCUUGAUAUUGGUGGCAUUCAAUUCAAUAAUAAUACCUUUCCUGAUGCAAUUACUCAGCUACCUCGUCUUGAAGCUCUAUACGCUUCCAAUUGUGGCUUUGAAGGAAAACUAGAGUCCUUACUAAUACCAAACUCGAGGAGGAUACAAGAAAUUCGAUUGGACAACAACAACUUGUCCGGCCAAGUCCCAACUAGUAUUCAUGAGUUGUACAGGUUGGGCAGUCUCUCGAUCCGUAACAACUCCUUGAGUGGGUCGUUACCAACCGAGCUUGGUUUGAUGACGCACAUGACACAACUUUGGCUGUCAGGAAACCUCUUGUCGGGAGCAAUUCCGUCCGAGAUUGGUUCCAUGAUGUCUUUACAGGUUUUGGGCUUGGAAGGCAACAAGAUUCGAAAUGAGACCAUGCCAAGUGAAAUUUGUGACUUGGGAUUGGUUUCCCUCGGUGCCGACUGUAAAAGUGAUGUUGCCUGCAGCUCUGAUUGCUGCACCUGCUGCGAACCACCUUGCCCUGUUGUCGACCUUUGGUAA